CCUAAAUCGCCAUUUGCUCUCGCAUUCUGUUGCUCGCCUCGCUAAGCUCCGAGAAUUGUCUCUCCCUCACUUCCUCGUGAUCCGAGGUCGAUUUCUGAUCCGAGAGCAGCUGGAGAGUCGCAACCAACCAUGAAUCUCAACAACAUGCGUAAUGUCAAGUUGCCUAACGCUGGGCCCGCUGGAGCCCUGGCCAAGAUUGCGGUCAUCGGUGGCCUCGGAUUGUAUGGAGCUAUGAAUUCCUUGUAUAAUGUUGAGGGUGGGCACCGUGCUAUUGUAUUCAAUCGCAUUGUUGGAGUCAAGGAUAAGGUUUAUCCCGAGGGUACGCAUUUCAUGAUUCCCUGGUUCGACAGGCCUGUCAUCUACGAUGUCCGAGCACGACCUAAUAUCGUUGAGAGCACCUCAGGAAGUAGGGAUCUUCAGAUGGUCCGGAUUUCGCUACGAGUGUUGACACGGCCGAUGGCUGACCAACUGCCAACGAUAUAUCGCUCCCUCGGGCAGGACUAUGCUGAAAGAGUGUUACCUUCAAUCGUCCAGGAAACUUUGAAAGCAGUUGUUGCUCAAUAUAACGCUAGCCAACUUAUCACGCAACGUGAGGUGGUCAGCAGGGAGAUUCGGAGAAUUUUGCAGGAGCGUGCUCUGAGCUUCAAUAUUGCUUUAGAUGAUGUGUCUAUCACCAAUUUGACUUUUGGGCGGGAGUUCACGGCUGCUAUUGAGGCCAAGCAAGUUGCUGCUCAGGACGCGGAGAGAGCCAAGUUUGUGGUGGAGAAAGCAGAGCAGGACAAAAGAAGUGCUAUCAUUCGUGCUCAGGGAGAGGCAAAGAGUGCCCAGCUUAUUGGUGAGGCCAUUUCGAAUAACCCAGCUUUUAUCACUUUGCGCAAGAUCGAGGCCAGCCGGGAAAUUGCGAACACAAUUGCCACCUCUCAGAACCGCGUAUUUUUGAGUGCUGAUUCCUUGCUUCUCAACUUGCAAGACUUAGGUGUCGGGGAAGUCGAUGUCAAAUGACAGCUCCAAACCAAGAAGUAGUUCACGAACAAGCCAUUUAUUCCAGGAAUACAUUUAGAAACCUGGAAUAAAGUUAUUUUUGUUACAUCCUCCUCUACGAUUUUUCUCUUGUCAGCUACUUUAGUCUAGGUUGCCGUCACCUGGUGGAAACGAAGAAUCUAGUCUCAAUCUCGUUGGUUGGUGACACAUGUCGAAACCAAGCCACCGACUGUGACAACGGAAUCUUAAUUUUGUGAGCCAAGAGGCGCAUGGUUUCGCCUCAAAAUUCUGCUCACUUAUCAAUUAGGGGAUCCGGAGUGAAAGCAUCCUCCACUUAUUUCCUGAAUA